CUUCGAAGCGUUGUGUGGGCUGACUGCGUUCAAGCAAUUGCAAUGGCUGCAACACCUCUGAUCAUCAUUGGAAAGGUUAUUUACGACUCACAGAGUGCCAGACCGCCACUCAGGCCUCUGAGUGACUUCAACGUUACGCAAAACAUAUUCAGAACAAAGUUUGACCUGACAAGCGAAGAGAACUUUUGGAGUUGCCUGGCAGGAGCGCUGCCUUAUAGCUUUGUGCGCACUGGGUUCGACCAGAUGGCAGUACAACGGUUCAUCGCUGCAAGGACGCUACGACAAGCGAAAAGGAUGGCAAUCACUGGGGCUGUAUUUGUCGUCACCUUUCUUGUGGUGGCAGCGUUCGGUGCUUUGGCAAUAAUAUACUGGUACAGAGAUUGCGACCUAGUCUUAUCAGGUGCCAUCAGCAGCUACGACAAGGUUGUUCCGUACUUCGUGAGAGAGCGUCUUUCUGAUGUCACAAUGCUGCGGGGCGUAUUCUUGGCUGGCCUUGUGAGCGCUUCUACAAGCACGGUGUCGUCAAUCGUCAAUUCUCACGCAGCCACGUUCUACAUCGAUGUCGUCUCGCCGUACAUAGAGAUGAGCGAGAGCACAGCGCUACAUGUGAUGCGUCUUCUAGGUAAGUAA